AAUGAUAACUUUGAUUCAGUGCGCGCUCAAAUCUUGUUGAUGAAUCCUUUACCUGCCAUUAAUCGUAUUUUUUCGAUGAUUAUCCAACAAGAAAGACACUAUAAUUCCAAUCACUAUGAUGACUCGAAAGUGCUUGUGAAUGCUAGUGACAGUCGAAAGCCACAAGGUCGUGGGCGUGGCUAUUCAUCUGGUUCGAUCUCAUCUGGCUCAGGCAAUAGGUCGAACAGUUUCGGUGCAAAGAACAAAGAGUAUUCCUUUUGUGGUAAAACCAAUCACAUUGUUGAGAAUUGUUAUAGGAAGCAUGGCUUUCCUCCACACUAUGGCAAAUCUAAUGCUUCAGCCAACAGUGCUUCUCAAGAGGAGAGGGAAGAUGUUGGUGACAAUCAAGGUGCUCGUAUUAGUGAUUUUGGUUUCACAAAGGAACAAUGUUCACAGUUAUUGAAUCUACUUCAAACUACACAAUCUGGUAAUCAAGGCUCUUCUUCUAAUGCUGGUAAUCAAGGAUCUUCCUCCACUCAAGUCAAUAUUGCUAGUGGACAUGUUACUUCAGGAAAAGAAGAACUUGAAGAUGAUUGGUUUGGGUAAGCUCAAUGGAGGAUUGUAUUACUUUAAUCAGAACCAAGUUCAGCCUAAUUCGACUACAGUUGCUUCUUCUCAAGUUACUCCUUCUCGUGUCAUUCCUAAAGAAGCCUUAUGGCAUUUUAGAUUGGGACAUUUGUCCAAU